CCCCGCCCCCAGCCCCGGACUGCGGCGGCGCACGCGCGGACCAGACCCGCUUCGGCUCUGCUCAUCUCCAGCUCCUGUUGGCUCGGCGGAGACUGCUGGUGGAUAGGGAUCCAUGAUGCUGAGCUGCGGUCGUCCCUGCACCUGUGGCCAUGGCACCGGUGUGGAGGAAAGCAAGUGGUAUGGGGUGCGCUCCUACCUGCACCUCUUCUAUGAGGACUGUGCGGGUACUGCCCUCAGUGAUGACCCUGAAGGGCCACCUGUCCUGUGUCCCCGCCGACCCUGGCCCUCAUUAUGCUGGAAGAUCAGCCUGUCCUCAGGGACUCUGCUCCUGCUGCUGGGGGUGGCAGCCCUGACCACUGGCUACGCAGUGCCCCCCAAGCUGGAGAGCAUCAGCGAUGGUAAGUUCCCAUCGUUGGAUCAGCGGGCAGCAGACUACAACCAGGCCCUGGGCACCUGCCGCCUGGCCGGCACAGCACUGUGUGUGGCGGCCGGGGUCCUGCUGGCCAUCUGCCUCUUCUGGGCCAUGACGGGUUGGCUGAGCCAGGACACCAAGGCAGAGCCCUUGGACACCGAAGCUGACCACCACGUGGAAGUCUUCAGGGACGAGCCAGAGCCCCGGCUGUCCCCCAUCUUCCGUGAUGCCAGCGGUCAGUCGUGGUUCUCGACCCCCACCAGCCCCUUUGGGCAGUCUUCUGUGCAGACCAUCCAGCCCAAGCGGGACUCUUGAGCUGCCCACGUGGAAGCUCAGGGAGGAGCAGACCCUUCAUCCAGACCCAGUGCACCUCGCCUUCCCAGGCCCCCAACGUCCCCUUUCAGCAGGGCCGCUCUAUCCAAGCCCCAGAAGGCCCAGCUCGAGGUCACCUGGAGCCCAGAUCCCAAACUCCUUCCCCAGGAGACGGGUCCCAACUCAUCCAGAUGCCACCCCUUCUCAGACCUCCCAGACGACCCCCACCCCUCCUUCCCAAGACCCCUCAGGGGCCGAGAACCUUGCCCUCAGCCUGUCCCCGCUCUUUCCCCCGUGGCCGGGGCUAGCCGCUUGUGCUUUCAGACCAUCAACACUUGCCUCUGGACCUGGAGGGGCCUGGGCCAGAUUCUAGAGUUCUGUGACAGUCCCAUUCCCCCCAGGAUGUGAGCACUGCCCUCCCCAGACUAAGGCCAGGGGACGGGGAGGGGCGUCCUCCUGGCCAGGAUGCUUCAGAAGGCGUCCAGGUUGCUGGCUUGGACUUGCCUUCCAGAAUGAGGUGAAGACACACCUCGCACACCUUGUCUUCGCCCACAUUUUGGCAUCAGAGCCCCACAGUCCACCCCCACUUCACAGAAGAGGUGGCUGUGGGAGGCAGAGAGGUGAUCUGUCAAGCAGAACCAGCCUUUUCAGACUUCUCUCAGGCCAGCCGUGGGCCAGCUGUGGUUCUGCAGCUGGAGCAGUCUCACACCUUCCUGGUUCCCAGGGGAGUCCCAGGAUGGUGGACAGGUUUGGCCCAGAGCAACUAGCCAGCGGCCUGAUGGUUCUAGAUGGCUCCGAAAUUAUUUUGGACAUGGAUUUAAAUGCCCCUCAAAGUCCGCCCCCCAGACCCCAAUGCCCACUGGCUCUGGCCCUGACCUUGACCCUGAUAGCAAAUGCCCCUCCCUGGAGGCACAGCCCCUCCCUCCUACAGGAUCCUCAGCCAGAGGUGUCAUCUCCUUUCUCUGCCACUAGGGGGGGCGCCGAGACCGCUGGAGGACGUCCUCCGCCCCUAGUCUCCGGGUCCCGGAAGGCUUCCGGGGAGGGUCCCCAGGCCUCCGCCCGGUCCUGCACCCAUUCCAUCUCACCUUCCCCUUCAAUAAACAGCUGGGAUGGACA